UGUGUUCGUUUGAGUCCCACCUUUCCAUGGUGGGGUCAUAUUAGUGUAUAGACCAAACUGUUCGGACGCUACAGACAGAAAUGAGCAGAUCUUCGGUAAUGACUUGUAAGGGUCCUAUCUUUCCAGAGGGGUCAUAUUAGUUUGUAGGCCAAACCGUUCAGAGGCUGCAGACAUUUCCGUGAGAAGACCGAUUUUUGGGAUGUCUCCUGGGAAGGGGAAGAGCACAUGCAAAAAAACAUAUAUCUAGCGUAAACAGAUUGAGUUCUAUGGGGAUUUUUCAAUUAUGCUAAUGUGAUUUCUGUGGGGUGCAGACAUCAACUCUAGGUUAAUGAAUAAUUUAAUAGUGAAAUCAAUAAUCUAUGCACAUUUAGUUCAUUCUUUGAAAUCGUUUUUUGAAGAGGCUGUUGAAUUGUUUUUCAAGGUCAAACUUGACUGUCUAAAUCGUUAAGUCAUCUAACUGCUAGACUUUCUUCAGAGAGGAGAUCAAUUGAACAGCUAUUUAAGAACCACUAAACUGUCAGGAGUGUAGCUGACAGGAGUUACAGGGGUCAAAUCACUGUCAAGAGCACAGUUGUUUCUUAUCCCAUCCCCAAACUUAUUUCCAAAUCCAAAUUUGGUCCUAUUGCAUUUACAUUUUAUUGGGCCAAUCUUUCUCCUCUUGAAUAAGAAGAUAACUUGUACACAACCCUGAUUAAUGUGUGUAAAUUCUCUCUCCACUCAAAUAUUUGUUAAUGUACUGUAUAUUCCAGGCAGCAGGUAGCCUAGAGGUGGGCGGCAGGUAGCCUAGCGCUUAAGAGCGUUGGGCCAGUAACCGGAAGGUUGAUGGUUCAAAUCCCUGUGCCGGCAAUGUGGAGAAAUCUGCUGUUCUGCCCUCGAGCAAGGCAAUUAACCCCCAACAACAGCAGCUCCCCGGCCACCGAUGACAUCGAUCAAGGCUACACACUGCACCGGUUUGAUUCAGACGGCUUGGGUUAAAUGUGGAAUAACAUUUCAGUUAAAUGCAUUCAGUCAUGCAACUUUCUAGGUAUCCCCUUUCCCACUUCCAGAAGCUUGUGCAUUCCUAUAUCCAUCCUUUGUGGUUCCCAGGAAGUGUAGAUGUUCCUUAAGUAACAGCUAAUUGAGAUCCAAAUAAACAAACAAAUCCCCUCCCCUUCUUUUCUUCCUCCUCCUUGACCUCCCCCCAUGUGGAGGAGAACGGGGCCUUGGAGGACAUGGAGGAGGACAUCAGCCUAAAGAAACGGAAAGGUGAUCACCAUGGCGACAAAGACUCUGAGUCCCGAGACUCCGGCCAGGAGGCUGGAGGUGAAAAGGUCAAGAAACGCAGAGGUCGACCUCCGGCAAAGAAACUGCCCCCCAACCCUCCCGAGCUCACCAAGCAGCUUAACACACUGGUGGACAUGGUUAUCAACUACAAAGACGGGUUGGGCCGUCAGAUCAGCAAAGGCUUUGUCCAGCUGCCUUCUAGGAAGGAGGUGCCAGAGUACUACGAGUUGAUCCGCAAGCCUGUGGACUUCAGGAGGAUCAGGGAGCGUGUGCGCAAUCACAAGUACCGGAGUGUGGGAGAUCUGGAGAAGGACAUCAUACUGCUGUGUCACAAUGCCCAGACCUUCAACUUGGAGGGAUCUCAGAUAUUUGAGGACUCAAUCGUUCUCAAGUCUGUUUUUGAGAGUGCACGACAGAGGAUCGUCAUUGACGAUGAGGAGAAAAAGGACAGCACUGCCAUCUGUGACGAUGGAGGUCGAGACAAUCAGUUUGGUUCAUCAGAAGUGAAAACGGUGACAAAGCAGGUGAAACAGAGGAUGAAGAAAGAAGAGCGGAGCAGAAAGAUGAAGGUCAAGAAGACAGUCUACAGUGAUGUAGACAGCGAUGAGGAUCUGGAGGACAAUACAGCUAAAGAUGAGGGUUGACCUGGAGGACCAAUGCUAGUUCAUUUAUCCUCUUUCUUUUCUCUCCGCUGUCACUGUUUUUGCAAUGCAGCUUAUUAGUUCUCACCUUGAUAAAGAUUUGUCUCAUCUCAAGUCAAGAAGGCUACUCAAAGAAAGGAAUUUACAUACCUAAUGAUGUUGGUCCUCAAGUAAUUCAUGCAGCCUUAAACUUUCAUGUCUCUUUACUAUUAUUUUGCCUUUUUCUUCUUUGGGAUUUUAUGGUGUUGCUCUCUUGGUCCUCAUAUGGAGGCUAUUGUGUGUAUCCUUAAUGCUUAACCAGAGGUUAUCUCCACCCUCUUUUUUCAUGAAUUGUUUUUGUAUUUGAAAAUGUUAUUACUGUAUGUGUGAAAUGCCUUCAUACGUCUUGGAGCAUGAUGAUGUAUUUCUGCUAAGAUGGAGACCGCCCUCAGAGAGUGGCGCAUGUUGAUGACAUCAAUAUAUGUUGUGUUA